CUGCGCGCGGAAUGGAUUCUUGACGCCUGUGGUUUAAAGCUGUAGACUGCGGCGCCGGCGCUGCGCAUGCGUGUUGCUGACGUCGGUUUGUGUGCCUGUGUACAUGCGAGUGUGUAUGUGUGAGUGAGACAGCAGAGGUUGUGUGUUGCUGCUGAUGAGAGAGACAUUUAACUGAAACAUCAUUCGUCGACUGAAAAACAAGACCUCACGAGCUCAUCUUAGAUCUCGGAUUUCAGAUUAACGGAUAAAUCACCGCCGAAGGAUUUGAGGGAUUAUCGGUGGUCUCGAGCUGAUUUUAUCCCCGCUAACAGGCUAAUAACAAGCGCAGGUGGAUGACUCGCGAGACUCGACCUGGAUGUUGGCCUGUUUUUUAAAAGGAUAAGCUGAAGAAUAAAUCAACCAGCUUCAAAACAAAUUAAGGGAUAAAAUCGGCUCUGAGGGGGGACCAGAAACAUUUCAAGGGUCUUCUUUUAUUCAAGAUGGAAAAUAAAAUGAGAGGGGGUCGUUUGGGCCAGCUAGUCGGCCAUUGAGUUUACCUCAGAUGUGGAGGAUGCUGAUGCUAACUGCGCUAGAUCUGUCUAUCAUUUAAGGGUUUUACAUUUAUUUUUCAAUCUGAUAACACAAUGACAGCUGCUUAAACUACAAUGUGCUGUGUUAACAUAUAAAAAAUUGCUGAUAUGUUAAGCUUUAUUCUCUCAGACUGUGAGACAAUCUGGUUUAUCUGAGUAAAAUGAUUGAACACACUGCCUCAUAAUAAGAUUAACUGUUUAAAGAUUGUUAUACAUUAUAACCAGACUUUAAUGCUUAAAGGGAAGUGUCAAGCCUGUUAGUGUACCAUUAAUGUAACCUUAUAAAUGAUUUGCUUGUGAGGCAGGCAUUUUUUUAACAUUGGGAAGGUGAAGGCUAACAAAAUCAAUUCAAAUUUAAUUUGGAUAUGCAGUGUGAUAUUUGCAAACUCUAUUUUAUGUAAUUUCAUGUAUUCUCUUACACAUGUACAUAUUCUAAGAUUGUAUUUUUCAUUACGAGAUUUUUAUGGGCAGCAAUCUUCAGUACUGCAGUAAUCCUCUUAUUAUGUGUUGAUUGGGAUGUGGAUCAACAAGCUUUGAGAAGUCUUAUAUUAAAUGGAUUAGAUGUGAAUUUGAAUGCAGAACAGGGAAACUGAGCCAACACUUUUUUAAAGGAGAGGUUUGCAUAUCGGAAAAAUAUCUCAGCCCACAUGGAGCUGUGUUACGGCAGUGAAACAUUAUCCUUGUGUCUGCGAAAGUAAACAGUAGUUGAUCAUUUACAGGGAAGUGGACGCUUACGCAUGGGUCUCGACAAGGAUAUUUCAUUUGGUGCGUAUGCUGGAAGAGGUCACCAAUUACUUUUGAAUUCCGAACAUUACCUUGUGGGAUCAUAACAAAGGAUUGGAAUUUCUGGAAUAUUUCCAAUUGUCAGAGGAGAGAACUCUUCUUUUCAAUGGAGCAAGUUCUCUCCAGCCCUCAGGGGUGUUCUGAGUGGGAGGUGAGUGGGAAAGCUGACUGGGAAUCCGAACAGAAUCCCCUUGGAUUUCUCCUUAUGGAUAAAGAUAACAGUGCUGUUGGUGAUUCUACUAAUGAAAUUUUUCAGGAGAACGCCAUAAACCUUGAUGACUUAUUUUGGGCUUCUCAGUAUUCCGGGCAGACGUAUUCCUGGGAAAAUGGUCUGGAUUGCGUCUAUCCCGAAUGGAAGACUCAGCCUCCUCCUUCCCAAGAUCUCAAAGGAGAGGGUUCUCCUGGAUGUUCGGAAAUUGUGGAAGGAGAUCUCAUUAGUUUUAAUUCUAGAUCUACUAGUCCUACGUUCUCAAACGUACCCAUGCAGAAUCAAAACAACUUUUACAAUCAUCCUGAACAGGUGCCUGAUAUCUUGCAACCGGUGAAGAUUACUGCCACUUUAAACCCUCUAGAUGUGUACACAGGUGAGUUGGUUAUUAAUGACCCCACCGUUCAGACUGACAAAACACUAUUACAAGAAGCUCACCUCAAGCUUGAGGACACACAUUUAACAAACUGUGAGUUCAGCCAUAAUUCCCUAGUGGAAAGAACAUUUGCGAAUGAAGACAGCCAGAUCUUGCUUCCUCACGGGACUCUGGAAUCUGAAGGUUUGUUGACUGUUUCUCCCGUGGAGGUCUCAUGUAUGGAUACAAACUCAAAUCCCAAUCCUUCAAUUAUUUGUCAGACAUCUCAACACAUCUACCUCCCAUCAUCAGCCCUUGCCCAUGAGCCCAUCCCUUCGAUGACAUGUUCAGAACCACCUGGCUCGCCAUAUCCCAGAACUAGUGCACCCCUUCAAAUGGAUGAGGUAGAGAUGUUGUUACCCGAGCUGCUGGCUGGAGGUCUAUACUCUGAACAGGAGAGUAGUAAGCCCUCAGCUAGUAACGAGACCCAUGACGAUGAUCUUCAGAGCCAAGAGACAACAGGCGCUAACAUAGAAACAACACAACUAUCCUCUGAAGCAGAGACCACCUGUAGGAGUCCAUUAGGUGAGUCUAAACUUUGUGAAGAAAUGUUGCAUGAUUUAUCUACAGAAUGCACAUUUGGCGAACAAUUGGAAACGGUCGGUGAAGAGGUAAGAGAAGAGGCUGUGCCCAGCGGUGCAACUGAUAACGUUAUUUCUGAAGCUAAAACAGAACUCGCACCAAUUGCUUUUAUAGAUUUACAAGCAGAAGAUCCUUCAACUGAUAGCCUGCUUGACAAAGACAGACAAGAGUCCACAUUAGCCUUACCGGUCUGCACACCUGAGCAUAAUGCCUUACUUGAGCUCUCACCAGAAGAUGACAUCUUACCUGAGGACCACAGCCAGCCCACACACUCAACUGAGGCUGAAGCCUUAUCUGAGGUGCCCCAUGAUGGAGAUGGAAACCUUAUUCCUGUUGACAUGUUUGAGAUCUUGACAGACAGCGUCCCUUGUGAAGCUGUGCCAUCUUUAGACACUGUAAUUGCACCUGUGAUAGGUGCCUUUGAGAUCACAGAACAGGAAAAAUGUGAUGCAAACUCACCUGAUUUUGAAUCGGAUGCACUCACACCUGAAUUUCAGGAUGAUAUAGCAAAUGUAGAAACGGGCAACCCAGACAAUGACCUUGAGGCAAUGUGUGCAGAUGAUACAACCACAACAGAAGAACCACUCUCAGAUUUGCAUCAAAAUCAAGAGGCAACCAGUCUGAAAAGCAAGUCGGACAACUUGCAAAAUGAUGAUUUAAAUCUUAAUAGCAGUAAAUCUGACAACAAUCAAGAACUGAAUGCAACAAGAGAAGCAUGUCAGGAACUAAUCAAUGCUCAACAAAAAGAGAGUGCACUUUUGGAAAUUUUCACACUUGUGGACCAACUGAAUGACUCUUUUACUCCAAAAUCAAGUGCAAUUGUAAUAGAUACACCUGAAGAAAAUGUAACAGCUCACCAUGACAGUCAUAAAAUACCACUGAAAGUCAAAGAGAAACUUCAAAGUAUGUCUUUACAGGGAGGGGAGAGAUCGGAUUGCAGAAUGUCUACUCAGAAUCAAGUCAUUCCUCAUUGUGCCAGUAAUCCUGAUUCUUUAGAGUCCACUCCCUUUACCUGUACAUUUGAGCAGCUAACCGUGACAGGUGGACUUGUGGGGCCGGAUCUUACAGACAACACAGAAACUCCCAGCCAAUUAUGUGAAGCUACAGGAGAGGGAGAGGCGGGGUUUACUGCUCAGUUUACACAUCAGGAGGAUUUCCAUCAGCUGACACCAACACCAAUAGACCUGGCACAAGAGCAACAAGUGAGCUCAGUUGCCCCCAGCUCUCCUCUCUUGCAUAGAAAUGUCUUUCCCUGUGGAGCCAGCCUGGAUGGGGAGGCCUACCUGACCUUGAUGGAAAACAAUCCUGAUACUCCCAACAUUCCCAAACAUGCAGAAAUGACUCUGGAUUUGUGCAAGGCCUCAGACUCUCUUCCGACCAAAUCGCUUCAUGACCAGAGGGUCCCGGUGGAUUUGAUAAACGUGCCUAUAGUUUCCACAACAGCCCACAGAAGCGAGGAGCAGUCUGCUCUCCGAGCAGUUUUCCAGGCUUUGGAUCAGGACGGAGAUGGAUUUGUCCAUAUUGAGGAGUUUAUCGAGUUUGCAAAAGCAUAUGGAGCUGAACAGGUGAAGGAUCUGACGCGGUUCUUGGAUCCCAGCGGUCUGGGUGUGAUCAGUUUUGAGGAUUUCCACAGAGGCAUCAGUGCAAUCAGCAAUGAAGGUUCUGAGCCAGAUCUCUACAAGACUCAUUUCAGCGCAGUGGAAGCCAAUGGACCUCCAGAGGAAUAUGACGAGCAGGCGGAGGUCUCUGACAGCGCUUAUCUCGGGUCGGAGAGCGCCUACAGUGAGUGCGAAACCUUCACGGACGAGGACACGACGGCUCUGGUCCAUCCAGAACUCCAUGAGGAUGUGGAAACUGACAGCGGCAUUGAAAACACACUCACAGAUGGAGACGACCGCAACAGGUUCACGUUGGGCUCUGAUUUGAAUGGCCACACCCUGGUGGCCGUGAUUGGAGGAGAGGAGGAGCACUUUGAGGAUUUCGGCGAGAGUAACAACACUUCAGACCUGCUGCUGGCCAAUCACGAAGAGGGAAGGGCGGUGCCAGACGGGGAGGGAGAUGCAGAGCCACUCCCACACUCAGACAGCCCACUGCCCCGCCCACUGAUGCUGCUGUCACCUAGCCCCAGCUCUUUUCCUGCUAGUUUCCAGAGUUUCCUUCAGUCGGAGGCGCUGGAGUUUUUCUGCACUCACUGUCAUAAGCAGAUCAGUCGUCUGGAGGAUCUGUCCACUCGACUGCAGUUACUAGAGAUGAAUAGCUCCAGCAAAAGGAUGUCCAGUAAGAAAGCAGCAAGACACUUGCAGCAGUCCAACAAUCUAGAUGUCAUGGGAGAUCUGACUCAAGACAUUUUAGACCUUGCGGAUCGUGACAUCACAGACAAGGUGUUGCUGUUGGAGAAGCGCGUGUGCGAGCUGGAGAAGGAUUCGUUGGAGAGCGAAGAGCAGCAUGCGCGCUUGCGGCAAGAGAAUCUCACUCUCGUCCACCGUGCAAACGCUCUGGAGGAACAGCUGAAGGAGCAGGAGCUGCGCUCAGAGGAGAAUUUACUCGCAUAUACCCGUAAACACAGAGAUGCACUGAACAAACUCCAGCGAGAGAGAGACCUGGAGAUCGAGAACCUCCAGGCCAGGUUGCAUCAGUUGGAUGAGGAGAACAGUGAGCUGAGGUCAUGUGUUCCCUGCCUGAGAGCCAACAUCGAGAGACUGGAGGAGGAAAAGAGGAAACUUCAGGAUGAGGUGGAAGACGUCGCAGAUCGAUUAAAUGAAGAAAUGGAAUCUCGCAGGAAAAUGUCUGACAAACUGAGCCAUGAACGUCAUACGAACCAGAAAGAGAAGGAGUGCACUCAGGGGUUGAUAGAGGACUUGAGAAAGCAGCUGGAACACCUGCAGCUGUUUAAGUUGGAGACUGAAGCGAGAAGAGGCAGAUCAGCCAGCACCGGCCUGCAGGAAUACAACACUCACAUGAGAGAGAAUGAACUGGAGCAGGAGAUACGCAGACUCAAACAGGAUAACCGCAGUCUGAAGGAGCAGAACGACGAGCUCAACGGACAGAUCAUAAAUCUGAGCAUCCAGGGAGCAAAAAGCCUUUUUACCGAAUCUCUCUCCGAGUCGCUCGCCGCCGAAAUCAACAACGUCUCCCGCACUGAGCUGAUGGAGGCCAUCCACAAACAGGAGGAAAUCAACUUCCGUCUGCAGGACUACAUCGACCGCAUCAUCGUCGCCAUCAUGGAGUCCAACCCCUCCAUCCUGGAGGUCAAAUAAUCGGCAUGACGAUGACCCUACCUGAUUUAUGAACUGAAACAAGAGGCGAACUGAACGAGUCUGGAGAGGAUGUGAAGAAUACAAUCACUAUGUUGAUCAAAUGAUUUAAUAAUCCAUAGCAGUGUGUGUGUGUGUGUGUCUUUUGGUUCCUGUGACUUCCCGUAUUGGGAUUGAGGCACCCAUUCCCUCUCUCUGUAUGUUCAUGAUUCAUAAAUUGAAUUUCAUCAGUGUAAGAAGCUAGUUUAAGUUACCAGUAUAAUUCAGUCACACCGUUAGCCCAUGUGAGGGACAUUUGCUGACCUGAGGGUUGAGCGUGUGCGAACGAUUUAGCUCGUAAACGAGUUUAUGCUGAAUGUCAGUCGUUUCCACUUGAGUUUUUCCUUCAAACUCUUAUUUAUUACGAUGAUGAUGCGGAACACAAAGGAUCAAGAGGGACCGAUCCCCACCAAGGGAGUUUGCAGUGUUGCAUUUUGGGUAAGGUAAUAGGUCCUGCGUGAUUUCUCGCUGAGGAUAUUCGUCUGCCGCCUCCUGUCCUGGAUUAUUUCCCCCCAAAUUUUUAUUUUCUGUAUAAAAGACUCUUUAAAGUUCACUGGAAAUGUUCAUUGCACUCUGAUUUAUUUUAUUUUAAAGAACUAUUGUUUGCUAUUUAAAUUGUUUAAAGGACAAAUAAGGUGACGCUGUUUUAUCAGUGUUGGCGGGAAAACAAAAGAAGCGACACUCAAGCACUGAAGGGAAAUCGAACCGUUGACGGAUACGAAAACCUUUAACGCGGGAAACUGACUUUUGCUUCAUUUCUGCUUUUCAAUACUGUCUCUCUGAUGAAUUUGGAUGUAAAUAUCGAUCUAGAACAUUUGUAUAUUUCGUUCUUGGAAUCCUAUUUUUAUGGACAGCAGGAAAUGAGAUUCUGUUUCGUUUUGUCUUCCACCUGAUUGAACUCUUGAGCUCCAUUUUGGAUGGACAUUCCUCUCAUCUCUGACAGUUUGGUUUUCAAUUAAAACCUUUUUGGGCGGGAAAAGCCAGUGGAGAUUUUUUUUAACAAGUUUAAAUUAAAGACUUCCUCCAUUACUCUUUUUGGAUUGUAGUUAAAGCACGCUGCAUUUCUCAUUGUUUUUUCUUUUCUCUUCUCUCCGACGACUGACGUAAUUCGGUUUUGCGUGAAAUCGUCUGAUCAGUUCUUCAUUCAAGACGAUGCUGGAGAACAUUUGAGGACGAUUCUGCCGUCUUCACACAGUGAGGGCGACCCGCUGCUGUCACGUCGGUUACUGUAUUUGAACAUUAAAGCGCGGGAACCUUGCUUCUGUGAACUUUGGGUACGCGCGCGUGCGUGCAUUUGCAGUUCCUUACAGAGACUAUAAGGGAAGAUCUGAAUCUACUGCUCUUGAUCUGUCUGAUGUUAAACAGCUGUUGUAUAUGAUUUAAGAUAUGUCCAAAGACAAAACUUUCACAGCUUAGAAGGAGUUCUGCUUGCCACUUAGACUUUAAAAGACUAAUAAUAGUUAUAAAUAGUUGUUAAUACAAAAAAUAUGACUGAAUGACUCAACUGUAAAAAAUGUUUACUCUAAUUGUUAAGGUGUAUAAAUGAGAGAUAUCAGUAUUGUCUUCUGUUGAAUGUUUUGCUUUCUUUUGAAGAUGCCCCUCUAAGAUGUAUCUUUUACUGUUCGGGGUCUUUCAAAUGUAUGAAGGUUCAAAGAAAAAUGAAGAAAUUAGUCUCCAAUAAAUUAAGUGCAAAUAA